CUCAUUUUAGCAGUUAUUUUUUCUAUGGUCGCGUUACAUCUGUGAUGAAGGGAAAAUAUUUUUAAAAAUUUUUAGUAUAAAAAAAACAAAAUAUAAUAUUAUAAUUUGUUGAAAAAUUUAUAUAUGAUAUAAAUGGCUAUAUCAAAUAUAUCAUAUCGUUGUUUGGAACCGAAACGACGUCAUAAGACUGUAGGCGAUCAUGAAAAAUUUUUGGAACGUAUACGAAAAACUUUAUACUAUGGAAAAUUACCCGUUACUGACCGUUUAAGUUUGCCUGUCACUGAAUAUGCAUCGGAAAUAUUUUCUGAAAUUCAAUACGGACGAUCAUUGAAAAGAUUGCAUUGUGAUGUAGCUGCAACGAUUUCCCGAAAUACUUGCAUUUCUCCAUGUUCAUUGGUCUUGGCAUUAAUGUAUUUGGAUCGUUUAAAAGUUCGAAAUCCAGAAUAUUUGUCUAGAGUUGCUCCAUCCGAUUUGUUUUUGGUUUCUUUGAUGGUUUCCAGUAAAUUUUUGAACGACGACGGUGAAGAUUCUGAAGUAUUUACCGACGAAUGGGCUGCUUCUGCGGGUAUUACCGUUCCAGAACUUAUUCAAAUGGAAAAAGAAUUCCUGAACGCAAUUCAAUGGGAAGUAUUUGCGAACGAAAAAACGUUUUGGUCACGACUGAAAGACUUAGAACAUCAAGUAGCAUUACGACAAGGAAAUCAACGUGGUGGAUGGUUUACUUACACCGAUCUACAAUAUUUAUUAAAUGAUAUUGAAAUUUAUAAUUUAGUUCAAUAUUUGUUGACAAUUACGACUGUUAUUAUGGCAAGUUAUGCGGCCAGUGUUCUAACAAUUGUUGGAUCAAUGUUAUUAGCAAGUCAUGUACCUGGCACAUCGUUACACAAAGCACAAUCACCGAAUAAAAUUGCACAAAUAGAGACUGUAUUAUGUGUAGAUAAUAAUUGUGACGAAACGCUUGACAAUGAAUUAAUUACUGAAUCAAUUGUUAAUUCAACACUAGAAUUGAAUGAAUCGACAGAAAUAUAUAAUCAUAGUGAGAUUCAUAAAAUAAAACCGGGUCAAAAACUUGAUCCAAUAAAUGUUCUGACCACAAGUUUAAUACUUGCAUCCAUUCAUCAUAAAGAAAUCCUUGAUUGUGAUGUAAAUAAGACGACAUACGAACAUGAGAAUAGUACUGAGGUCACUUGGGAUUGGUGGUCUAAUGAUUUAAUGAAUUGGCUCUAUGAGAAAUCUGCGAUUUUAGAUAAUAAUGUGGAAUUGGCUGAAAUCGAUUAUCUAAAACGAUUUGAUUAUGGAAAACGCUUAGAUAUGACUAUUGCGAAUUCGAAAUUGUUAAGUUUAGAAGAUCAAGUACAUAAAGCAACAACAGUACGAAUUCAAGAUCAAUUAGAAAAUUCUUGGCAUAAAGAAUGGACCGAUACGAUUUUGGUGAAAUACUUUAAGUCGUAUAGUAAAUUUAUAACACCUCCAACAUCACCACUGAUUAGUUUUUAAAAAAUUAAAUUUUUUUCAAUUAUAUAAAUUUUUCAA